AUGCCAAAAAUGUUCGUUUUCGACCUUGACGGUUGCGUCUGGGCGCCGGAAAUGUACGAAAUCUGGGGAGGAGGGAGUCCUUUCAAGCUCCAGGAGAAUGGAAAUGUCAAGGACUGUAAAGGCGAAGAGGUGCACUUUCUGGGAGAUGUUAGAAAGAUUCUCUACGAGCUUCACACUGACCCAAAAUAUGCCGAUUCAAUAGUCGGCAUUGCUUCUACUUGCGAUGAGCCGAGUUGGGCAGCAGAGUGCCUCCGUAAAAUGCGAAUCGGGCCUAAACUUGACAUCAAGCCAGACGAUGUCUUCGCCCACAAGGAAAUCUACAAGGCGCGAUCUAAAGAGGUGCAUUUCCGGACUCUUGCAGAGAAAACCGGCAUCGCUCUUGAUGAUAUGGUCUUCUACGACAACCAAAUGAACAAUAUGAACGCGGUCAGUCGGCUUCCAGUCACUUCCAUCUACACUCCGAACGGAGUUACUAGAGAACUAUUCGAAAAAUCGCUCAAGGUGUUCCCUGCUCCUGGAAAAAUUAUCAAAUAA